GAUGCAUUCAUCCGGUCCUCGCCAGGCAAGAGCUGCUUCUGCCAUUUUGAAAAGCGAGGCAUUUUUGGCAAUUUUUGGUGUUUUUGGGACGUGGUAGCGAGUGCUCAGUGGCCGUAAUGGACAAGGAGCAGCUGGUGCAGAGGGCGAAGAUCGCCGAGCAGGCUGAAAGGUACGAUGACAUGGCUGCUGCAAUGAAGCAGAUCACAGAAAGCUCACCCGAGCUGUCGAACGAGGAGAGAAACCUCCUAUCGGUAGCCUACAAAAAUGUCGUGGGCGCCCGAAGAAGUUCAUGGAGAGUUAUUUCGUCGAUCGAGCAGAAAACCGAAGGUUCGGAGAAGAAACAGGCCAUGGCCAAGGAAUACCGCGAAAAGGUCGAGAAGGAGCUCACCGACAUCUGCCAGAGUGUAUUAGGUCUUCUUGACAACUUCCUGAUCCCCAAAAGUACCAACACCGAGUCGAAGGUGUUCUACCUGAAAAUGAAGGGUGAUUACUAUCGGUACUUGGCUGAAGUUGCUACUGGGGACCAACGCACAGCCGUUGUCGAGGAAUCGCAAAAGGCCUACCAGGAAGCGUUCGACAUCAGCAAGGGGCAAAUGACACCGACGCAUCCCAUCCGGCUAGGUCUCGCGCUCAAUUUCAGUGUCUUCUACUACGAAAUCCUGAACGCGCCCGACAAGGCAUGCCAACUCGCCAAGCAGGCUUUCGAUGAUGCGAUCGCCGAGCUCGACACCCUUAACGAGGAUUCCUACAAGGACUCGACGCUUAUAAUGCAGCUCCUCAGGGAUAACCUCACGUUGUGGACCUCCGACACUCAAGGCGAGGACGGCGCCCCGCCCGAGGGUGACGGCAACUAAGUCGCGACUGUAUCUCCAAUUCAGAAUCCCGGCUGAGGCGUGUACGUAGGUACGUCAGCUGAAAGGAGUAAAGGAAGAGGCGGAAGAGAAAAAACGAAGAGCAAGCGAAUACAGAAGCUGAGAACGCAUAGACAAAAGCGAAAGGACAAAACAGAGAUAAGCAACCGACUCCUUUAGAUUCAAGACAGGAGGAAAAAUGAAAAAAAAUCCUACAGUUAAUGAAGCCUAAGAAGACGGAGACAUUAAGAAGACAACGCAGAAGAAGAGGCGGAAGUACAGAAAGGAGGAAGCAAAGACGGAAAAGGAUGGAAGCAAACUGGAAGGAAACUAAAUGAACGGAUUUUUGGUAAAAUUCGAUGAAUUUCCCCCAGAACACAAUCUCGUUCAAUCAUUCGGAGAGAAAGAGAGGAUGUGAAUGGAAAUUUGGAAAGAAUGGAGCAAGGAUGGAAGAAGCAUAUGGAAAGGCGGACGCCGUUCUUCGAUUCGAAACUAUCGGAAACCCACAGAUUUCUUUUUCCCUGUAAGCAAAUUGGUCAGAACAAUCUGGAAUCCGGAUAUGCUGAAAAUAAACAGUCGGAGAGAUAAACGGCUUGUCGAAAGUCAAAA